AUGCUCGCCAGGUCACUCCUCCUCCUCGCCUCCCUGGCGCUCGCCGCUGCUUCGCCCGUCCGUAAGCAAGAGAGCAGCAGCUGUGCGCAGAAGACGCCCACACUUCCUGUCAACGGUGGCGGUACACAAUCGCGUGUCUGGGCAGUGACGAUGCCCCUCAACUCGGACGGCACCACCAAGUUCGGUGCCUCCGCUUCCAACCCGUUCAAGGCCCCAGCCCCACUCGAUAUUCCCGGCCAACAGGUCCCCUUCCUCGGCGUCCACUACUUUGACGGCGAAGGUGUUCCCACGUUCCUGACCGGCACCUCCGAGGCCGACGCCAAGGCCUCCGUCCUGAAGGCCCUUCAAGGUCGGUGA